UUGAAAUUCUUUCUCGAAGACUUGAAGCACUGAUGGCAUACAUAUAUUCAAAUGGCGAGAUUUCCAAUAUCAGUGCAACAGUCUGCUCUAAUGAGUUGAGAAACGGAAGCCUCCUUUCUAAUCAACUUGAUUUUUGCUCGUCAAUGGAUGAUAUUUUUGCUCGUCUAUUGACCUUGACUUCUUAUAUUAGUGGUCGAUUCGUUCGUUUCGUUGAAGAACUUAUCUACAGAGACAUCAACAGAUGCUCUGACGACAUGCUGGACAUUCCUUAUGGACAACCAUCGAGAUCUUCAAGUUGCAGAUGUUGUUCAUCUUCUACUCCUCGGCCCUGCAUUGGAAUCCUGGACAAAAUAGCAUCAGAUCUCAAAAAAAAGUUACCUGUAAAUUCAACAUUCGAAAUUGUAGAAAGGGAUAGCAAUCUUCGAGGCAUCAACUUCAUUUUUCGCGGGUUGAUGCUUCCAUUAUUUAGUUUAAGACUUGCCUUGAGGCUAGCAUUGGCUUCUUGCAAAAUUUCUCUCUGUUAUGUCAGAUGUGCUCAACUUCAAAUUUGCGGUAUUAUUUCUCGAGUUAGGAAAACUUUGCAUGGUUCUACUGAAGAUAUUGGAUGGCUUCAACAUACUCCUGGAAUGGUUCCUGUGGAGGAUGGUUCAGCAAGAUUUCUUGAACUUCUACAACGUGUAAGAAAUGGAAAUCACAAUCUUCCAGAUUCAUUUGUUUAUCUCCUGAUUCCAGGUCUGUUUAGCAAUCAUGGUCCCUUGUACUUUGUGAGUACCAAGAGGAUUUUUUCAAAGAUGGGUCUAGCUUGCCAUAUUGCAAAAAUUCACAGUGAGGCAUCCGUGGAGCACAAUGCGUGGGAACUGAAGCAAUAUAUUGAGGAGCUAUACUGGGGAUCUGGCAAGCGAGUGAUGUUGCUUGGGCACAGCAAGGGUGGGGUAGAUGCCGCUGCUGCAUUGUCAAUAUACUGUGAUGAUUUGAAGGACAAAGUUGCUGGCCUUGCACUUGUCCAGAGCCCGUAUGGUGGCACACCCUUAGCUUCGGAUAUUCUUCGUGAAGGCCAGAUCGCUGACAAGGAAACUCGGAGGAUCAUGGAGCUUUUAAUAUGCAAGAUAAUUAAGGGUGACAUCCGGGCGUUGGAGGAUCUAACUUAUGACAAGCGGAAAGAGUUCGUAACGAAGCACAAGCUCCCCGACGACAUCCCUCUCAUUUCCUUCCACUCCGAAGCGAGUGUGGGUCCUGAAGUCCUUGCCACGAUGUACCACAUAGCACACGCAGAACUCCCGUGGCUCCCUUUUCCCAGCUUUGGCAGCAGUGAAGAAUCCACAGAUGCCCAAACAGGGCGCAGAGUGCCCGUCGUCAUUCCCGUUUCUGCUGUCAUGGCUAUCUGUGCACUCCACCUCAAACUGAGGUACGGGGAAAAGAGCGACGGGUUGGUGACCUGUCGCGAUGCCGAAGUUCCCGGGUCGGUGGUCGUGACACCGGACCGGAAGCUGGAUCACGCGUGGAUGGUUUAUUCGUCAUGGAAGAAGGAUUCGACCGAGCCCGAUGCCUGGGAAAUGUGCGAGGCUUUACUGACUCUGCUUGUGGAGAUUGGGAAUGAAAAAGGAAGAAAGGGUGGAGUGUAGUGAUUUGAAGUACUAACAUUAGGGUUUGUAUCAUUUUGUUGGUGGUGGUAUGAUUCAAUCCCUUCUGGAAAACAAACUUCAUUGAAAAAAAUCAAAUGACAACAAAAUUGUUUCUC